UAGGAUUAGUCGAGAGCCAAAGGCACUGCCAUCGGGGCUAAACCAUUUAGGGUGGUGACCUCGCAGCCCCAUCUCCACCAGUCUUAUCACCGACGAAGGAAGAAGGAAACACUUGGUUCAUGCUAGGAGCAAUGGACGAAGUUGAUGACGAGGCUCUAGCGGGUCGCCUUUCGACUAGAAGAAGCACGGGAGCGACGACUAUGACAGACAUGACUCCCAACACCACAUCCACAGCCGAGGGGGCACCGAUGGGCACAAAGGCAUCUCUAUGGACACUGUUGUUGAUGCUCGUAAGUAAUUGCGUUCGCAUCCCAACAGGGGAGGAAGUUUGCCUCAUAUGCAUCUCCUCCCUCCACCACGGCGGCCUGGAGAGAGUAGAUGGGGGGCAAACUCACCAUGUGUGGAGUUGGAUAGCCAAUGGGGAUAAUGAAGCCUUCCUAUAUCCGACUCCAGCCACCGGAGCGCCGAAGAGCAUGUUGACCUCAUCCACGACCCAUAAGCUCGAGCGACAGAACCCCAUCAGGUAUAAUGCCAAAACCAUUUUAAGGCAAGUCUUAAGAAACCACUGUUAUAUACAAAAAGUAUCCCGAGCACCUCUCCUAACCAUCUUCAGCCGGCAACGACAUGAGACGAGACGUGUGAUCGGCUAGGGAGCCAUGGGAGACUCCCAACGGAGCUGAGGAGAGAUAGAAGGUAAUGAUAGGAACGAACCGCUUAUCCAGGCCAAGUACAAUGAUGAAGCAGGACGUAGUACCGUCCGGGGAGGCCCGUUCGCGCAGAGGAUACGAGGCAGGCCAGGCAGCCAGCCACUGCGACGUACCGGCACCAGCAGGCAAAGCGACCCGAGAGGAGCGGGCAGGGGGCAAGGGGGGACGCACCCGCACCGCGGCACGGACGCCGCGGUACGAGUACGAGUGGUGGUGCGGUUUGACAGGCCCCGCCCCCGAGAGCAGAGGGCCAGCAGCAUCAGUCGUACUACCAGCGCCACUGCACCCGUGCCUAUCGCCAACUCCCGCGAUGCGGCCUCGCUCGCCCCCAGCCAGCCAGACCCGCCCGUACGGCCCGCGGCGUGGGACGGCGGGGCGCCACCACCCACCCCCGCGCGUUCUUUCCCUCUCGCCCCUGCCCCGCCUCCCCAAUUACGCGCCCAUUGCCACGCCACGCCACGCCACGCCACGCGAACCCUCCCUCGCCCGCUACACGCUACGCUAG